AUGCAGAACGAAAGCGAACAACGGCUUAUAUUGGCAUUGGUCACCACAGGUGGCUUCACUCACGCCGAACCAGAAAUUGACUUCCUGCGUUUCACAAUUCCAGCUCCCGUUUUAGAUGUCUGCCAGGUAUUGGCCGAACGUGGCCAUACUGUCGAUUUCGCAACCCUCGACGGCCAGGAAAAUUGGGUGAAGAGCUACCCGUUCAUCAGAAGAGUGUAUUCUCUAGGGCCUGGUCCUACAGAGGAACAGUAUAGGGAGCACUGGAAUAGGAUGCUGAGGCAUGAUGCCAAGAAAGGGGUGGGAAGCGAGAUGUGGGAGUCAAAAUAUCUCUGGGAUUCCUUCUUCCCUGUGACUUAUAAAGGCCUGAGAAAAAUUUGCCUUGAUCCAGAAACACGACCAGCCUUCAUAAUUGCAGACUUCUUCGCUGAAUUGGCCGCAAAAGACAUGAUGGCUGAGCUUGGCAUCCCAAUUGCACUCAUGUGGCCGCAAAUGCCUUUCUUGCUAGCACCUGCUUCAUAUAUCCCCGGCCAACCAGGCUUUCAGGCUGUCAUCUCGACAACAUCGGAGCAUGCGUCACUAAUGUCUCGAUUGAAAAAUGAAUUAGUCAUGGUGUGCGCGAUACCAAGUUUCCUGGGCUGGCUUCGGUGGUUGACCGCUCUUCGGAGGAAAGCGGGCGUUCGUUAUCCUAGCCCUAUAAAGCUCACUGCUAGCACACGGCCUGAUUGCCUCGUCCUUGUCAACUCUUUCUUUGGUCUUGAAACUCCCAAAGACCUCCCGCCACUUAUUUCUCCCGUUGGACCUAUUCUUACGGAUGAAUUUCUUACCUUGGAUCAGCCACACGGUUCCUUCCUCGACUCUCAUAGCCGCACGGCCUAUGUUGCGCUAGGAACUCAUAUCAACCUCCCGAAGGAUGUAUUUGAGAAAUUAUUUCGUGGCCUAAUACAGUCCCUGAUCCUAGGUCACAUCGAUGGCAUUAUUUGGUCCUUGCCCGCACUGACACGGGAGAAUUUGGAUCGGGAACAGCAACUAGAAGUCAAUGGACACUUGCUUCGCCUAGGCGACCUCCUUGAUAACAGGGCGAGCUCUGUGUUCUUCCCUACAUAUUCGCCGCAAAGAGCGGUGCUAGAUCACAAGAACACUGCUAUUUUCGUCACACACGCUGGCGGAUCUUCCGCCAAUGAAGUUGCCUAUCAUGGCAAACCAGCUCUAGUGAUCCCAUUCAUGUUUGAUCAACUGUGCAACGCGGUUCGACUUGAAGAAGCUGGAGUAGGGCUACGUCUAGACAAAUUUGACUUCACGCAGGAAGAGGUCACCUCAAGAAUUGCCCUUAUAACAAAAGACGAGGAUGGCACUUUUGCUCGGAACGUUCUCCGCCUACGACGGAUAGCUCGUGUCGCUGCAAGACGCAAGCACUUGGCCGCCGAUCUAGUCGAAGAAGUCUUAUACGAUGAUGAACUCCGCCGAAGCAACAAGAAGAAGAUGUCAAGCCGACCAAUGCAUUUAGAGACUGCUGAUGUGCGACUCUCGUGGUUCAAGAAAAACAAUUGGGAUCUGUACUUGUUCACUUUCGGCACCUUUGUGGGACUUCCUUUGGCAAGCGCCUAUGGUAUACAUUGUUUCGUGAGGGCAAGGGGAAUACGCCAAUUGACGGGCCUUAUUCCUCACGUAUUUUUCACGGGAAGAGAUCUUAUUUCUUCCGUAAUCUUCCAGAAGUAG